AUGAAGAAAUUUAAUUUUCGCAAAGUUUUGGAUGGUUUAGCUGCCGCAUCCCCUGUUGGAAGCAGUGGCGGUGGCAGUGGAAGUGGGGCUGGUGGUGGCUCCGUGCACCCAGGAGGGACUGCGGGAGCUGCAGGGACACCCAGAGAGGAGAUCCAGGAGACGCUCACUUCAGAUUAUUUUCAAAUCUGUAAGACGGUUCGCCAUGGUUUUCCUUACCUACCCACUGCCUUAGCUUUUGACCCAGUUCAGAAAAUUCUGGCAAUUGGAACAAGAACAGGAGCCAUACGAAUAUUGGGCAGGCCUGGUGUUGAUUGCUACUGCCAGCAUGAAAGUGGUGCUGCAGUUCUGCAGCUCCAGUUCUUAAUCAAUGAGGGUGCUUUGGUCAGUGCGUGUGCAGAUGAUGCCCUUCAUUUGUGGAACCUCCGACAGAAACGACCGGCUAUUCUACAUUCUCUGAAAUUUAACAGAGAAAGGAUUACUUACUGCCAUCUACCUUUCCAGAGUAAAUGGCUUUAUGUUGGAACAGAGAGAGGAAAUACACACAUUGUAAAUAUUGAGUCCUUCAUUCUUUCUGGAUAUGUUAUCAUGUGGAACAAGGCAAUAGAACUAUCCACCAAGACUCACCCUGGCCCAGUUGUACAUUUAAGCGACAGCCCAAGAGAUGAAGGAAAACUGUUGAUAGGUUAUGAAAAUGGGACUAUCGUGUUCUGGGACUUACGAUCUAAAAGAGCCGAUCUGAGAGCUUAUUAUGAUGAGGCUAUUCAUUCUGUUGCUUGGCAUCAUGAAGGGAAACAGUUCAUGUGUAGUCACUCUGAUGGCAGCUUGACCCUAUGGAAUCUGAAAAGCCCUAACAGACCAUUCCAGACCACAAUUCCACACGGAAAAGUUCAAAGAGAUGGGAAAAAACCUGAAUCUUGUAAACCAAUUCUUAAAGUAGAGUACAAGACCUGUAAAAACAGUGAACCAUUUGUGAUAUUUUCUGGUGGACUGUCAUAUGAUAAGCCUUGUCGAAGACCAAGUUUAACAAUCAUGCAUGGGAAAGCAAUUACAGUCCUUGAAAUGGAUCAUCCUAUAGUUGAUUUUUUAACUCUUUGUGAAACCCCAUAUCCAAAUGAAUUUCAAGAACCCUAUGCUGUAGUUGUGCUUUUGGAAAAAGAUCUCAUUGUUGUUGACCUGACACAAAGCAAUUUUCCAAUCUUUGAAAAUCCAUAUCCUAUUGACAUUCAUGAGUCACCUGUUACCUGCACAGAAUAUUUUGCGGACUGUCCUCCAGAUUUGAUCCCUGUACUCUAUUCUGUAGGAGCAAAACAUAAAAAGCAAGGAUACAGCAAUAAGGAGUGGCCUAUCAGUGGUGGAGCAUGGAACCUUGGAGCUCAGACAUAUCCUGAAAUCAUUAUUACAGGCCAUGCAGAUGGAUCAGUAAAAUUUUGGGAUGCUUCUGCCAUUACUCUACAGAUGUUGUAUAAACUAAAAACAUCAAAGGUCUUUGAAAAACAGAAAGUGGGAGAAGGAAAAGCAACAGCUGAGAUUGUGGAAGAAGAUCCUUUUGCUGUUCAGAUGAUGUACUGGUGUCCUGAAAGCCGAAUUUUCUGUGUGGCAGGAGUUUCUGCAUAUGUGAUUGUUUACAGGUUCAGCAAACAUGAAGUAAAUACUGAAAUUGCAUCAUUAGAGGUACGACUUCAAUGCGAAGUAGAAGACAUCAUUACUCCUGAACCAGAAACAAAUCCUCCAUUUCCAGAUGCCUCCUCCCAGCUUCCUUCUUUAAAGAGCCUUUCAGGCAGUACCAACACUGUAGCAUGUGAAGGAACGAUGAAGGACAGUAUCCCAUGUCUUAGCGUUAAGGCUCGACCUGUGCGGAUGCCUCCUGGUUACCAGGCAGAUCUCGUUAUCCAGUUGGUGUGGGUGGAUGGUGAGCCUCCACAACAGAUUACCAGUCUUGCUGUAAACUCUGCUUAUGGACUAGUGGCUUUUGGGAACUGCAAUGGUUUGGCUGUUGUGGAUUUCAUGCAGAAGACGGUUCUGCUGAGCAUGGGCACCCUCGACCUCUAUGGAUCCAGCGAUCCAUACCAGCGCCAGCCCCGCUCACCUCGCAAGAGCAGGCAGUUUGCUGCAGACAACUUUUGCAUGCGUGGCCUGUCUAACUUUUAUCCAGAUUUAACGAAACGGAUCCGUACUUCCUAUCAGAGCCUGACUGAACUCAGUGACAGUCCAGUUUCCCUGGAGCUUGAGCGUUGCAAGUCUCCCACUUCAGAUCACGUGAACGGUCACUGUACAAGCCCAACAUCCCAGAGCUGUGGCUCAGGCAAACGCCUUUCCAGUGCGGAUGUGUCGAGAGCAAACCGCCGAGGGCCCGGCAGGCCCCCCUUCAGGAAAGCCCAGUCUGCAGCCUGCAUGGAGAUUUCUCUCCCAGUCACCACAGAAGAAAAUAGGGAAAACUCCUUCAGCCGUUCCCGAAGCUCCAGCGUGUCCAGCAUCGACAGGGACUCAAAGGAGGCAAUCACAGCUUUGUACUUCAUGGAGUCCUUUGCCCGAAAGAACGACUCUGCUGUUUCCUCCUGUCUCUGGGUCGGAACAGGCCUCGGAAUGGUCAUAAUCCUGUCCCUCAAUCUGCCUGCUAGUGACGAUUUACGGCAGUCAGAGCCAGUCAUGGUGUCACCAAGUGGCACCGUCCUGACACUGAAGGGAGCCGUGCUGACCUUCGCGUGCUUGGACUGCAUGGGGACAUUGACACAUCGGCCCUACGAAGUAUGGAGGGAUCCACACAGUGCUGAUGACGGUGACAAAACAAGGAAAAGGAAACUUGUCAUGCAUUCCCCUUCCUCCUCCCAGGAUAUGGGUGAUCAUCAAUUUGCAGUCAUUUGUUCAGAAAAACAAGCCAAAGUCUUCUCAUUGCCUUCCCAAACAUGUCUUUAUGUCCACAACAUCACCGAAACGUCCUUUUUAUUGCGAGCAGAUGUGGUCACCCUCUGUAACAGCGUCUGUCUGGCGUGCUUUUGUGCUAAUGGGCACAUCAUGACACUGAGCUUGCCCAGCCUUCGCCCGCUGCUGGACAUCAACUAUUUGCCUGUCACGGACAUGAGGAUAGCACGGACCUUCUGUUUCACUAACGAAGGGCAGGCUUUGUACCUGAGCUCUCCCACAGAGAUCCAGCGCCUGACGUACAGCCAGGAGAUGUGUGACAACCUGCAGGACAUGCUUGGGGAUUUGUUUACUCCUGUGGAAACACCAGAAGCCCAAAACAGAGGCUUUCUUAAAGGACUUUUUGGAGGGAGUGGACAAGCUUUUGACAGAGAGGAGCUUUUUGGCGAGGCCACAGCAGGAAAAGCCUCUCGCAGCCUCGCCCAGCACAUCCCUGGAUCCGGCGGGAUUGAAGGCGUGAGAGGAGCUGCGGGUGGGGUCAUUGGGGACCUGACUCGUGCACGCAUUGCCCUGGACGAGAGGGGGCAGAAGCUGGGCGAGCUGGAUGAAAGGACUGCCAGCAUGAUGGCCAGCGCAGAGGCGUUUUCCAAACAUGCACAUGAGGUGAUGCUCAAAUACAAGGACAAAAAGUGGUACCAGUUUUAG